AAAGGAUGAAGAUUUGCAACGACAGAUGAGGUAAAAGAAAAUUAGCAGGUGGCACUAUGCACGAUCCAGCAAGAGGUGUACCAAGACUGCUUCUGGAAGUGAAAACAGCUUUGGGAGCAGUGCAUCAAUUGUGGAGGAGAGUAUUUCAAAGGAGACCAUGCACAAUAAGUAAAAGGCCUUCUUGGGGAAAAUGGCAUACUAUCACAACUUUUUACCGUCUGCGGCUUCGGUGGCUCAGCCGUUGCAUCGCCUGUUGCAUAAAAACAUGCCUUUUCACUGAUGGGCCAUGUACUGUACCAUCAUGACAAAUUGCACGCUAACAUAGUGCUCCAGAAUGUGGCCCUAUUUCAACAUUCAAAGGAGUUAUGUGACAUCACACUCACUGUAGAGAAUGAGGAGAUAAGAGCUCAUAAAAUUGUUUUAGCAGCUUCAUCUCUAUAUUUUAGGACUAUGUUUUGUGGAAGUUUAAUGGAAAGCCACCAAGAAAAGAUAGUUCUCCAUGACAUUGAACUACCUACCUUUAAGGAAAUCGUACAUUUUAUGUACACAGGUCAAAUAAAGAUUUCUGAGGAAAAUAUUUAUUCUGUGAUCAGUAUGGCAGAUUUCCUACAGAUUCCAGCUUUAAGCCACCCCUGCUGCCAGUAUCUACAGACAAGUCUCUGUGUAGACAACUGCCUAUCAGUGUACCAGACUGCUAUAGGUAGUGGUUACAAUGAUCUUGCCCAUGAAGCUUUGCGCUGCAUACUUCGUAAUUUCUCAUCGGUCUGUGAACAGCCUGAAUUCUUGGAUGUAUCUAUUGAACUGUUGUCAGAUAUUCUUUAUUCAGAUUACAUAAACAUUGAUGAUGAAAGUAGGCUACUUGAGAUAUUUAUUCGUUGGAUAAAAGUUGAUCUAGAGAACCGUGCACGACACAUUCCUUUGAUUCCAAAAAUGAUUUGUUUGGAUGCAGUACCAAUGGAAAAGCUUAUCUCAGUAAAAAUUGAUUCAGUUAUGUUCAAGACUGAGCUUCGUUCUAUAAUGGAUAAAUGUAUUGAUAAAAUUUUGACUGUAAGAUAUGAUGAUACAGAACGAAACGACCUUAUACUGAAUGAAAAGAGACCCUGCAAAUUUUUUCGAUACCAUGCUGAGCAACAGGUGAUGUUAGUCAUAGGUGGAAAAAUGGAUGAUACAACCACUCAUGCAAGUGUAGAAUGUUUUACUCCUGGAUUCAGUCAAUGGAGUUAUCAUCUUCCUGGUCACAAAAUAUGCAUAAAGAGUAUGCACCACGCACGAUCUUCAUUUGCUACAGCUGCCAAAGAGUAUGAUGUGUAUGUCAUUGGAGGGAAAGGUGAGUCUGGUCUACUGGACACAUUUGAACAUUAUCACGUGAAAUGCAACACGUGGAAUUUGUUACAAAAUAUUCCUAAAGCAGUAGAGGGUGCAGCUGCUGUUAUUGCAAAUGGAAAACUUAUUGUAACAGGAGGUCGAUCAACGACUUGUUAUGAAUCUUCUACAUGGGUCUUUGACAAUACUGUGAAUAAAUGGCAGCAACUUGAAUCGAUGAAAAUUCGCCGUGGCUUUCACUCCUGUGUUUGUGUAGGGGGCAUGGUAUAUGCUUUAGGAGGCAUUGGUGGAGAUUCCCCAACCGCAGAAAGAUGUACAUCAAAAGUUGAGAGACUUGACAUUUCACAAACUGCAUGGUACUUUGUGGCUCCCAUGGUGCAGGCACGUGCUCACUUCGGUUGUGUGGCAAGUGGUCAGUCCAUUUAUGUUGCUGGAGGCACUUCUGAUGAGAUAUACCUCAGAAGCAUUGAAAGGUAUGACACAUCAACAGACACAUGGUGUGUCCUGAAGCCAAUGCAAAUACCCCGAGCGUAUUUUGGAAUAACAGUUUUCCACAAUCGAAUUUAUUGUGUGGGUGGCAGUGAUAGUGUGCAUGAACUCAAUACAGUAGAGAAAUAUAAUCCAAGCACUGACAUGUGGCACUGUGUUAUUUCCAUGAAUGUCAAACGUGUGUCACCAUCUGCUGUAACAGUAUAUAUUCCAACAUUUCCUGGUGAGCUGCCAUAAGUACUAAUGUAUAUAUGUAUGGAUCAUACUGGCACUACUCUUGAUAAUGAGAUGAUGUGAAAGAAAAUGUUGUGUGCCAUGUUCUUCUUUUAAAAAAAAAAAAAAAAAACCA